AUAUAGAAGCGUGUAUAAAAAAACAAAGCGACGCCAAACAUGAGAGAAACAAUCUCCAUGACAAACUGGGCGCAACRAAGGAGAUGAUUGUCUUGGUGCUAAAGGCAGCAGAGUUUUGGGACGACAUCGCUUCGCUCUGCGACAGUGCCUCAWUGAAAUCKGARAAUCUUGCAAGUGUAAUGCGUUCUGCGGCGUCGAAAAUGGAGAAUACAGUGAAAAUACUAAGAAGCAGGGGCACGCAGACCUUGGUGGGAUCCUUCAAAGAUAGCUGGCARGAAWUCGAGGAAAUGAUUCGAACCAACGAUCUUGUGAUCGCAGAAGAAGACUGCCCUGCCGAGUGUAUUCUGGGKCUCCAAGGGUUUCUCGAAUUUGGGCAAAGGGGCAUGGUUACUAAUUCUGUAGACUCGAGAACCCUUACUCUUAAUACAGUCGCCAUAUUAAUGGCUUUCGUUGCAUUUUUUGGCUGUUUUUCUGUUAUCCAAGGAACUUACCUGACAAUCCAUUCAAUUGCUGUGGGUUUGGCUGUAUUUAUCGCUAAGUGUGUAGGGGGUUUGUAUUCCAUCGUAUAUUUCAUAAUAUACAUUUUUUGCUGUCUUGUUUACCUUUUGUAUGUCAUUUUGAGUUUUAUAAUCUCAUUUAAGAUUGUGAAGAUUGGUUCACUGUUAGCCAGUGUCGGAAGUGCUGUUUAUGCUUACAAACAUGGUUAUUUGGAAAAGCUAAAACAAAAACUUCAAUAAAUGAUGUAAGACACGACCCCACCCUAAUAUCACAUGCAGGGGAUUAAGGACAUACUAGUAGUAAUUUAGAUAUUUUGUUUUAUGUUGUUACCUGACAAUCCAUGAAAUUGUUGUGGAGUGUUGUGGGUUUGGCUGUAUUUAUCGCUAAGUGUGUAGGGGGUUUGUAUUCCAUCGUAUAUUUCAUAAUAUACAUUUUUUGCUAUCAGCUUGUUUACCUUUUGUAUGUCAUUUUGAGUUUUGUAAUCUCGAUUGUGAAAGUUGGUGCUCUCUUAGCCCAGUGUCGUAUAUGUCGUAAGCGCUGUUUAUGCUUACAAACAUCAUUGAUGUAAGGAACGCUGCCCCACCCUACCAUUCCAGGGGAUUAAGGACAUACUAGUAGUAAUUUAGAUAUUUUGUUAAUGUUGCAUUUCCAACCGCUUUCCAACUUCAGGCAUUGAUGUAAGACACGCUGCCCCACCCUACCAUACCAGGGGAUUAACGAGAUACUAGUAAAUAGGCAAUUUAAUUGUUCAUGUUGUAUUCUCAACUGCUGUAACGAGAGAUAAGUUAAUAUCUGAACACUCAGUUUGUACAAGACGAGCUGAAGGUCGUUGAUAAGUAGUUCGAAAAUAAAUGAUAUAAAACUUG